UUGACUUUUUUGUCAUUUUCUUCCUGUAAUUUUAGUGGUCAACUUCCAACAACCAUGUUCAACCUCACGCAACUUACCCAUCUAGAUUUGUCAUUUAAUCGAUUAGAAGGUCCCCUACCAAAUCAUGUUAGUGAGCUUCAAUUGCUAGAAACAUUUUGGUUAUCUAGUAACCUUGUAAGUGGUGGAGUACCAUCUUGGUUGUUUACUUUACCAUCUUUGCAAACUUUAGAUCUUAGCUAUAACAAACUCGCCGGUCAAAUUGACCAAAUUCAGAAGCCUAAUUCGGUCUAUGAUAUAGAUUUGAGUUCUAAUGACAUUCAUGGACCAAUACCUAGAAAGAAUCUUGACGUUCUUGACCUUCGAUCCAACUUGCUUCAAGGUCCAAUUCUAUCAACUUGCUUGAAAAAUCAAAGUCCAAACCCACCACAACCUUUGAUUGCAUUCUACGUUUCAAAGAAUAAAUUAACCGGAAACAUCCAUCUUUUGAUUUGCAAUUGGAGUUCACUUUUGAUUAUUGAGUUGUCUAGAAAUAACUUGAGCGGAACUAUUUCAGAAUGUUUUGAAAAUCUCAGCUCUUCUCUCAUGGUAAUGAAUUUGGAGAUGAAUAAUUUUCACGGCAAAAUGCCUGAUUCUUUUAGAGGUAAUAACUUGGAAAUUCUUCUCCUCAAUGACAAUAAAUUGGAAGGAUUAUUGUCACGGUCUUUGGCUAAUUGUUGUUCCUUGAAACUUUUGAAUUUAAGGAACAACAAGUUCACUGAUACCUUUCCCCAUUGGUUAGCUUCAUUUCCAAAUCUGCAGGUUCUUCUUUUGCGAAAUAAUAGAUUGCAUGGUCCCAUGCCCAAUUCCUUAGCUUCAUCUAACUUCUCUGCAUUGCAAAUAAUUGAUCUGUCUCAUAAUGAGCUCACCCGUCCCUUGCCAACAAAAUUCUUCCAAAAUUUGAGAGCAAUGAAAGAUAUACCUGAAGAGAGACCUUGGCAAUUCACGAGACUCAUAAGUAGAGAUGUAGCUUUAUCUUUUAAUGACUAUCACUCAGUGAAUGUAACAACGAAAAGAUUGGAGAUUGAGUUGGUGAAAACCUUUGCCAUUUACAGGUUUAUGGACUUUUCGAAUAAUCUAUUUUGUGGACAAAUUCCUGAAAAAUUCGGAGAACUUAUUUCGCUUCAAGGACUCAAUUUGUCUAACAACAACUUGACUGGUCCUAUCUCACCAUCUAUUGGAAAUAUGAUAGCACUUGAAUCGUUAGAUCUCUCGUCAAACAGGCUUGGUGGCAGAAUUCCUUCUCAAUUGACGAAUCUGACAUUCCUUGAAGUAUUAAAUCUUUCACAAAAUGAUCUUGUGGGACCAAUUCUCCAUGGGAAGCAAUUUGAUACUUUUGAGAGUGAUUCUUAUAGUGGUAACUUGGGAUUGUGUGGCCUCCCACUGUCAAAGCAAUGCGUAAUCUCAAUUAAAAAUGUUCCAAUGCUUUAA